GCUGCUGAAGUGAAGCAGAGCAAAGUUACAGAGGUUCUAUUAGAGACACAGCUAAGCGGUUUGCAAUUUGGCUUUAUUUAAAAAAGUUUACAUGUCUGUGCUAUUAAACAGCAGACAUGAGACUUUCUUGUCAGAGGUCUUUUUUUGGAAAAAAAAGAAAAAAGCCGACAUCUCACUGAUUCUGCUCUCAUUUGCUGUUUUAGCUGUUUGGUUGGUUUUGAAAUAGUUUUGUGAAUUUUAAGAUUCUGGCGUUUCUGGCAAAAUACGUUUAUAUUUAAAAGUAGAUUCAGGAUUUAAUGAAUCGAUAUCGCUUUGUUAAAGCUACUCACCUCUCUCUAUCUGCCUGCACUUUCAAACAUACACGUGUGUGGGACCAAUCAGGCCAAUCAGAGAGGUCCCGCCCCUGACUAUCUCUUAUUGGUUUAGACAACGAUAUGGGCAUAAUGUGUGUCUGUUGUUGACCACGCAGAGACUUUCAGACUUGGAGAGGAUUCUUUUUUGUCGCACCAUUGCGAAAUGAAGUUGCAUAUGUGAUCAAAUUAAGUCGCACUCUAGAGCCCUGUAUGUGCACACUUACUGAACUCCAUGAUAGCCUCAUAAAUAAAUCCAGAAGCAUCCGAGUUACUCCUGUUGAUCACCAGCUGACUUGCACCCAGUUUAUGGUUUAUAUGUACUGAGUGUGUCCAUGGAAAGUCCUGAAUGCUGUUUUUGGGUAGCAGGAAAUAUUUCCAGUGUUUUCCAGCGCUGCUGGGAUGGGGAAUUCAUUUUUAUAAGUCAAAGAUAAUCUCUGUGUUGUGGUUUCAUCUGUGUUUAUGCACAAAAUCAAUCAGUCAGGGAGAAAACUACAAACAGGGCUGUCACUUUGUCCUCUCACACUAUACUCAGCUGGUGCUUCUCAUUCCUCUCGUGUUUUGGGGACUUCCUUACCUGGAUGAUUGAGAUGUUAUCGAGAUGUUUUCACAGAUUUAGCUUCCUGGGCGAUGUUUUUUAAAAAGUAUAAUACAGAGUUAACAAAGAGUUCAUAUCAAGUUACAAAGUUGCAAAGCUGAGGAAAACUGAAGCCUGAUGGUUUCUGCUGUGAGCGAGCAGGAUAUUAUCCACACAGUUUAUGUUUUCACAUCCAGAGAUAAAGAACAUCCGAAUCUAGGGUUGGACCAUUAAUCAGAGGUUCAUCUUAAUUAUAAUCUUGGCUUUCAGUGAUUAUGAAAGCAUGAUAAUGGAGAUAAAACUGGAGAUAAAACAGUUUCUCUUUUGUCUGUUCUUUUUCCCUACAAAGCUCUGAGUUUGUCUUGUGUUUCAGUGCAGAAAACAGGAAACCUUGUUAGACAUAUCAGUAGAAAACAGCUGCAGUUCUCUGUCUUCAAGUAAAAUGAUACUGAUACACUUUGAGUGUCCUUUGAUCAGAAAAAAGAAAAAAAAGACCAACAUUUAUGAAUUUCUUGAAAGGAACAAAUCAUGAAGACGUGUUUGGACUGGUUUGGUGAUGAAUAGAUGGAAAGAUUUUGGUGAACAAGAUCUGCUUAGAUGUUUAUGUAAGUUAACCUGUGAAGGAUUAUUAACUGGUAGAGCUGCCUUCUUCUCCGAUCUCUCUCCGGGUCCUUUUUGGUGAUGCCUGACCAAAGUUUUGAUUGGCUGGUCGGCUCUCCACUCAUCUGUCCAUCUGGACUCUGACGGCCAAUAGCGAACAGUGGUCGCCCUUUCAAAGUGGGCUUUUUCUGAAACACUCGCUAGCCUAGACGCCUGACUCAAUAACAGAUGGUCCUGUGUGCAUACCCAUUUCUUCUGUUUGUUUAUUUAGUGGUUUCUCUUUUCACUUUCACAUAACAAACACUUGGUGUUUGGUAAGUUAAUAAGUAAUGAUGCUAAAUAAUCAAGAUUACAGUUAAUAACUAAGAUAACUGUGAUUUCUUUGUACUGCAGAUGAGACCAUCUGUCUCAUUUCUAUAAUGCUGACUGCGUCAUAAAGGCCUGAGGAGCUUUAAGAAAUCAGAGAUGUGGCUCAGAUGUCUGAAACACACACAGGCCCAGUAAUGUGUGACACCAUUAAUGCUCUUUUCAAUAGUUUCUGCUCAGUUAUAAGAAGUUUCUGCUUCAUAAGGAGGAACUGAGGGGAAAGACUUUCCCACUGAAGAAGGUGUUCGUUUUUUAAGGUAGCACACAAAGUUCCUUACACAUGUUUUACAGCAAACGUGCAAUUAUAUCCGGGGAUGUCCUGGCAUGGAAGCAUGUUUGAAUUUUGUAAUUUUCACUUUCUGAUAAUAUUUUGCUCAUAAAAAUACGUUCAUACAAAAAUUAAAAACCCACAUAUCAAUUCUGUGGCCCAUUAAAAAAUUUAAUUUGCUAAUUGGAUUUAUUCCUCUCUUUGUCUCUGUUGGUCCUGUGGGAUUCUGAUGGAGGCUGUAAAUCUAAAAGUGAGAGAAAGUACACGUUGUACUCAUCAGUGAGUCUCAGUGUUUCUGCUGGGAAGCCCUCUCCAUGGUGUAAAGCUGUGCGUGCUGUCUUUCAGUGAGAAGGAAACCCGAGUGCCUUCUUUGUUCCUGUGGACUGAAAUGAGCAGAUUUCAGUCACUUUGCUGCAGGAAAAGUGACCCUGCAGAACACAGACGGGACAGUUUACACAGUGAAAAGCAGCUACUUAUGUUUAGUGCUAUGGCUGUGUGGCAGGACAGGGAAAACUGCUGAGCAGUCAUUAAAGAGGAUGAAUAUUGUUUCUGAGCAGGUGUGUUUUGUUUGUCUCUGUGUGAUCUGUGCACAGAGGUUAUGGUUAGCAGACCAGAGCGAGUGACAUUAAACUGGUUUGAUGGUCUCAUGAACUCGUUACCUCGCUCCAUCUCUGUGGUCACAUGGGUCAGCUUUCAUCUCAGGAGGUGCUCAGCCUUGAAAAGAAAGGCACAACCACCUUCCUUUAGGAAAGCCUGAUGAUCAUUCAUCCCAGGUUUUGUUGUUAAUGAAUAUAUCUGCCAUAUUUGAGGUCAAACAUGUCCCAAGAUGUUUCAGCGUUACUGCAACAGAGGGAAACGUGUAUUUGUUAUUCAUGUAGAGGCCCACAAAACCCAGUGUUUACAGAUGAUUACAUACAGAGAAAAAACAGCAGCUGACACACGUCAUAUUUAUAAACCUUAAGUCUGCUCAGAUUUAAUCUUUAAGAAAAAGAAACUUCAUCACACAGCACAUUCAUUUAUCUAAGUGUAUAAAUAUAAUAAACUGAAGUGAAAUAACCAGGUUUGUUUCAGGUAACAGGAACAGAAACACAAGAGAUGAAACUCUGACUUUUCUACAUCUUCACUAAAUCUGACUCAUUGAGAAUCACUUUGUCUCUCUGGUUUUAGUAAACAGUUUAUCCUGAUUAAUUUAUAAGGUGACGUAAGCAUGACUGCUAACUACACAGCACCUGUAAUGAGUCCGUGUUACAUUACCUGACAGAAAUCUGUGUAUUUUUCUGUUAUUUUCUGACCAUCCAAUGAACAUAAAUGGGCAUUAUGCACGAGUAAAUGAAAUCUAGUACCACACUGACCCCUGGAUCCAGAAGGAUCUCUGGAUCUGGAUUAGAUUGUGAUAUCUUCCUGAGAACUUCAAGACAAAAGCAGACAGUUUUUCUUAUUUCAGUGUGAUUUGUUUUUGCAAAGCUCUUGGAAAAUUUUCAGUUUGCUGAUGUCUCACAGGGCAGUGUUGUAAUGGAUCCUUCCAAAAACUACUGGACUCUGAGCUGCACUUCAAAGAUUGAUCACUUUAAACCGCACUGAGCUCUGAUCAAAUUCUACCGCAGAUCUGUUCUGAUUACUGAGUAAUCCUGCUGGCAAGCAGACAAGCUGGACUGAUGACAUUGGCUGCUCUUCAGAAGUGAUGAUGUCACAUUUAAAAGCUGACUGAACAGCUAAUGACUAAACGAGUCCUGACAUUGAUAAAGACUCACUCCUGUGUGUAGUGCUGGGCCCUGUCUGUCAGCUGAACUGAUACGGAGGACUUAUUUCACUUUCCUCAGACACGCGGCCUGAUUGUUGAUGAAGACUGGUGAAGAUUACAGAGCGGCCAGACUAUUAAUAUCUAUUUCAGGGAAAGGUGUCACUUAAAAAAAACUAAUUAGGGAGGUUUUUGUGUUCAUCAGUGUGUUUCAGCCGCACAGCAGAGGAGCAGGAAACUUCACACUGACCUGGAAAACAGGGACGGGAGUCACAGAGAGCAGAGAAGUGGACCAGAGUGACAGGCAGGAAAAGAAAGGAACAAUAAAACAAAGUGGGAGUCAGUCACAAAGAAGAAGUGUCUUUACUCUCAGAGCCCAGGGCUCUUAUUUUGUAAGAGCAGUGUCAGCUGUCGUCCCUACAGUCACAAGACUGGGUUGGAGGGGAAGGGAGGAGGCAGGCAGCAGUGCGUUAGCUCGGAGUGGCUGACAGGACGCUAGCAUUUGUCCUCCUGCAGAUCCACAGGGGACGGUGUCGCCUCUGCAAGCAGACUGCCGUUUGCAGACAAGAACUUCGAGGACGAUGACUCGGUGGACGGCGGCCGCUCCUCGUCCUCGUCCAAAGGAACCUCGCUGUCCGGGAGGAAGGCGGUGAGCAUGGGUUCAUUUCGACGCCCUGCCUCCGGCAGCAAGUCUGCAGGGAGGGACGGGUCCAGUGCUGGAGCCGUGGAUGAGGAGGACUUCAUCCAGGCGUUUGAAGAUGUUCCCACAGUGCAGAUCUACUCUAACAGGGAGGUGGAGGAAGCCAUGACGAAGAUUCGUGACGUGCUGUCGGACGACAAGCGGGACUGGGAGCUGAGAGUGGCAGCUCUGAAGAAAGUGCGUUCGCUGCUACUGGCCGGUGCACCAGAGUUCGACGGCUUCCUGCAGCAGCUGCGUCUCAUGGAGGCGGCGUUCAAGCUGUCUGCCAAGGACCUGCGAUCUCAGGUGGUGAGGGAGGCCUGCAUCACUCUGGGACACCUGUCGUCAGUGCUCGGCAACCGGUUCGAUCACGCAGCAGAGGCCAUCAUGCCAAUACUCCUCAACCUGGUCCCCAACAGUGCCAAAGUCAUGGCCACGUCCGGCGUGGCCGCCAUCCAUCUCAUCCUCAGACACACACACUACCCACGCCUCAUCCCCAUCAUCACCAGCAACUGUACCUCCAAAUCUGUGGCUGUGCGAAGGCGCUGCUUCGAGUUCUUGGACCUGCUGCUGCAGGAAUGGCAGACGAGCUGUCUGGAGAGGCACGGCACAGUUUUAAUGGAGACUAUAAAGAAAGGGAUCCAUGAUGCAGACGCUGAGGCUCGCUCUGUGGCCAGAAAGUGUUACUGGAGCUUCCACAGUCACUUCAGCCGGGAGGCGGAGCAGCUGUUCCAGGGCCUGGAGUCGUCCUAUCAGAAAGCUCUGCAGGCUCACCUGAGGAGCGGAGACAGUCUGAUGUCGCUGCCCGCCUCUGACCGCUCCUCUUCCUCUUCUCAGGAGAGCCUCAAUCGACCUCUGUCUGCAAAAAGCACUGUUGGGAGCAGCUCAGCCCGAUCCAAACCCGCCCACACCUCCAGGAUGCCGGCUGCCGCCUCCUCCCCCGGCUCACUCCAGCGCUCCCGCAGCGACGUGGACGUAAACGCUGCGGCCAGCGCCACCGCCCGCACGAGGAUGCCUGCCGUACCCUCCACUGUGCCGUCGUCGGCCUCGCCCUUCAGCUCUGCCUCGGCGCUGCCUCCUGGAUCCUACGCUUCACUGGACGGUUCGUGGUCUGUUAACGCAGACGGUCGAGUGCGAACAAGGAGGACAAGCUCAGGAAACGGUCCGUCAGUGACAGACACACGGGGCCGGAGUCGAGGGAAAGUCGUCUCUCAGUCCCAGCCUGGGAGUCGGUCAGGCUCUCCCGGGCGUCUGCUGAGCUCCACCUAUGGCCGGAUCCCCAGGCCCACCAUGGGCACCGGUGCCACCGCCGCCGCCACGGGUAGCACCUCCACCAGCCUGACCGACAAGAGCCGACCUCGAGGUCACCGCAGCCAGGGCUGCAGCCGAGAGACCAGCCCCACCAGAUCAGGCACGGCCCGGAGUCGCAUCCCUCGACCGAGCAUGAGUCAGGGCUGCAGCCGCGAAACCAGUCGCGAGAGCAGCCGCGACACCAGCCCGGCGCGGGGCUUCUCCCCCCUGGCGUCCCGCCGUCACUCCCGUUCCACCAGCGCCCUGUCCUCUGCAGAGUGCUACUCAGACCGGCUGUCCCAUCAGGCUCGGAUCUCUGCCUCAGUCAAUGCCAUGAGGAUCCUCAACACGGGCACCGAAGUCGAGGCUGCGGUCGCCGAUGCUCUGCUCUUAGGAGACUCGAGGAGUAAGGUACAGCGGAGGCCAGUGAGGCGGCGGUUCGAGUCGCCGGGGAUGUACUCAGACGACGACGCCAACAGCGACGCCUCCAGCGCCUGCUCUGAGCGCUCCUACAGCUCACGUAACGGCGGCGUGGCGCCGCACUACCUACGUCAGACGGAGGACGUGGCGGAGGUGCUGAACCACUGUGCCAGCGCCAACUGGUCCGAGAGGAAGGAGGGACUGCUGGGACUGCAGAACCUGCUCAAGAGCCAGAGGAUGCUCAGUCGUGUGGAGCUGAAGAGGCUUUGUGAGAUCUUCACCAGGAUGUUUGCGGACCCUCACAGCAAGAGAGUCUUCAGCAUGUUCCUGGAGACUCUGGUGGACUUCAUCGUGCUGCACAGGGACGACCUGUUGGACUGGCUCUUCGUCCUGCUCACACAGCUGCUGAAGAAGAUGGGUGCCGACCUGCUGGGCUCUGUCCAGGCCAAAGUCCAGAAGGCUCUGGAUGUCACGAGGGAGUCCUUCCCAUACGAGCAGCAGUUCAACAUCCUGAUGCGCUUCAUCGUGGAUCAGACGCAGACCCCCAACCUGAAGGUGAAGGUGGCCAUCCUGCGCUACAUCGAGGCUCUGGCCAGGCAGAUGGACCCGGCCGACUUUGUCAACUCCAGCGAGACACGCCUCGCCGUUUCCCGCAUCAUCACCUGGACCACCGAGCCCAAGAGCUCUGAUGUCCGCAAGACCCUUCAUAACUGGGCGGGGGAGGAUUUCUCAGGCCGAACCAGCACCGUGGCCUCUCUGCCCGGGGAGGGCAACCUGGAGGAGAGGUGCAAGCAGGCAGCCCAGGUGGUGUUGAUCGCCCUCUUUGAGCUGAACACUCCAGAGUUCACCAUGCUGCUGGGUGCUCUGCCCAAAACCUUCCAGGACGGGACAACAAAGCUGCUGCACAACCACCUGAGGAACGCCAGAGCCAACAGCGGCAUCAGCAUGGCGUCUCCCAGUAACUCGGCAGGUCGGACGCCCCUGCGACAGCCCAGCAGCCGCAGCAGCCCGCUGACCUCCCCCACAAACUGCUCCCACGGCGGCCUUUCCCCCAGUCGGCUGUGGGGUUGGAGCGCAGACGGCCUCUCCAAGUUCCCUCCUCCACCCUUCCCCUCCCCUCUUCCUCCACCCACUGCCCACUCUUCCCUCAAGGCCCUGCGGCGAGCUUACUCACCCAGCAUGCUGGAGUACGACAGCGAGAACCUGAACUCCGAGGAGAUCUACAGCUCGCUGCGCGGUGUCACGGAGGCCAUCCAGAACUUCAGCUUCCGCAGCCAGGAGGACCUGGUGGAACCGCUGAGGCGGGACGGCAAGAAGGAUGGCGUUAUGACUGGAGGCGGGGCUUCCUCGGACUCCGAACCUCGUCCCAGCGGUGAUGCAGUGGAGGGCGGGCGCACUGCCCUGGACAACAAGACCUCUCUGCUGAACACGCCGUCUCCUCGAUCCUUCGCCGGCCCGCGCUUCAGAGAGUACAACCCAUACAACUACACGGACGGCAUCAGUACGAUGGAUAAAGCUGCGCUGAAGGAGGCGCUGUACGAGGACGCUGUGGAGCAGCUGCGAGAAGGCCGCCGGCAGGAAAGUGUGGAAAACAAGAUCCUGAACCCCAAAGGUUUCCCAGCCGGGGCUGCUGAGCAGCUGGAGCUGGUCGGAGAGCUGCUGAAGGAGCUCUCCCAGGGCCAGGCAGGGGAGCGGGGCCCCGAGGAGCGCCGGGGGACCCUGCUGGAGAUGCUGAAGGUGGCCCGGGAGGACAGCUUGGUGGUGUGGGAAGAGCACUUUAAGACCAUGCUGCUGCUCCUGCUCGAAACGCUGGGAGACAAAGACCACACAAUCCGGGCACUCGCCCUGCGAGUCCUAAAGGAGAUUCUGAGGAACCAGCCCGCCCGCUUCAAGAACUACGCCGAGCUCACCAUCAUGAAGAUGCUGGAGGCCCACAAAGACUCGCACAAGGAGGUGGUGCGGGCGGCCGAGGAGGCGGCCUCCACGCUGGCGGGCUCCAUCCACCCCGAGCAGUGCAUCAAGGUGCUCUGCCCCAUCGUGCAGACGGCCGACUACCCCAUCAACCUGGCCGCCAUCAAGAUGCAGACGAGAGCCAUCGAACGCAUCACCAGAGAGCCGCUGCACCAGCUGCUGCCCGACAUCAUCCCCGGACUCCUGCAGGGCUACGACAACACUGAGAGCAGCGUGAGGAAGGCCAGCGUCUUCUGCCUGGUGGCCAUCUACUCUGUGAUCGGAGAGGAGCUGAAGCCUUACCUGGCUCAGCUGACCGGCAGCAAGAUGAAGCUGCUGAACCUUUACAUCAAGCGGGCGCAGACCUCCACCAGCAACAGCAGCAGCUCCUCCGACAUCUCCUCCUACUAACUCCUGCAGCUUCCAUCCUCGCAGACACGCUUAUAAACAGUUUCAUUCCAUCAGCCGGUGAUCGACCUGAGGGGCGACGUCACCACCAGUGGGAUCAUCAUCAGUUUCUUUGUAGGACCAGGUGCCUGGCACCUCAUCUUCUUGACCAGCUUCUGUUUCCCAAACCAUCUUCCAUCUCAUUCCUUCAGCUGCUGAUGGAGCUGAAGUCCCUGAGGAGCUCAUGCUGUCACGGCUCCAGUUUCAUGUCCAUCAUCCAUAAAGUUCAGCUCGUUUUUUGGAGGUAGGGUGACCCUGGCUUUUGAGACGUUUCAUGAAGAUCCACCACUAGAUGCAUUAGCCUUAAGACUUCAUCUUCCAUCUUCCAGUAUGGAAAUGAUCAAUUUUUAGAGGCCGUGUGCCUGAAACCAAGAUCUCCUCUUCCUCAUCUCAUCAUCGUCGUCUUUAAUCUCCUGGAUGUGAGGUGCAGUUUGAAGCCGAGGAGAUCGUGGAACCAUGAAGGACCUGAAGAGGAGAGUUUUUGCAGUGUAGCUUCCUCCUUCUGUCAGUAUUUUUAUUCCUUUUUAGUACCUUUAAUCCACUUCCUGGACACUGUUUUGCUUUGACACAUCAAACCUUUUAUUGAAUGUAAAGAGCUUUGAGUGAGCGCGAGUCUCCUUCGUGAACUACUGCCUCAUCGAUGGGACGUUUUCCAGUUUUUAACAUUUGAAUGAGUUGUUACAGAAAGUAGCACUACGGUCUUUAAAAGGCUGAAUCCCAGAGAUAAUCGAAAGAUCAACGCAAGCUUUAUUUUGAAAAUGGGCUCAUGCCUCUGUGAGUGCGAUGGGAGAAUCGACGGGGUUGCACUCAGUCCUGGAAUAAUCUAUUUCAAAAGAUGUGAAGCUCGUCUCAGUUUACAGUGAUUGAUCAUUUGGCUGGCCAAUGAUUUUAAGCACUACAGAUCAGCAAAGUUUUAUUGUUCUGGGCCCAAGAACCAGCAGAAAACAGCAGUGUUUAUAUUUUAAAGUCAUUUUUUAAGGUGUGAAAAAGGAACAAAUUAUUUCUGUUUUUGUGGCACUCAUCAGUUAGAUUUCCAUUUAAUAGUCAAGGCUAAAUAUUUCACCUCACAGAUCACAGUUUUCUACCUGAAUUGGAAAAAAAAUGUCAAAUUGAAACGGCCGUGUUUUUAGAUGAAGAACUAGACUUGUGAGUGAGAGUUAUUUUGAAAUCACAGGUUUGCUUUAGUUAGCUGUCUAAAUGAGCUGUUGGAGAUGAGGUGGAGGUUUGAAAGAGACAGACCACACACACAGAUUUAAUAUUCAGUGUUGGAAAUUAGAUUUGUCCUACAUGCGCGUGAACAGCACUUUCUUGUAUACGUGACUUUCACAAUAAAAGCUUUAGCAGCAGCAGGGUAAAUUUCAGCUGAUUAAACAGCUUACAGAAGCAUGUUGAAGAGCUGAUCGUAGGAUUUAAGUAAUCUUAACUUUAGCUUAGGAAGUUUUGAAAUUUAAUGCUGCCUUUUAUUUAUAUAAAUAUUGUUUUUAAGAAGGUUUUAAUAUAUUGCAGUGUUUGAGAAACAAGCUGUUAAAAUGCUGCGUUGGACUUCAUUUCUAAUUGUUAGAAAAAGUUUGAAAAAUAGUGUAAUUAGUCUUUAAAUCAUCAUUAAAUUAUCAAUAUUUAUGUUUAAAUAUGUGUUCCAGUUAUCAACAUAAAAUGUGACUUCAUUUAAGCUUUCAUUACAGAUCUCUACAUAUGACGCAAAGAUAACUCGGCAGCAGAAAAUACUGACCUAAACACGUGUCGAUUUCUCUGUAGCAUUUCUGCUGAUGUGAACAUAGCAGGCAGAUUUAUUGAAAGACAAAGAUUUCUUUUAAGUUGUGAUAGAAAGGAAAUUUUGCACACAACUGUAGAACAUGGAUGGAUGGAUAGUCUGCCCAGUACUUUUUUGGGUUGAUCCUAAAUUUAAGGAGAGCUUUUCUUCUUUUCCCCUAUUUCCGGUCAGAACUUUAAAUGCAUACUUUCAUAAAAGUAGAUAUAAGAACCAGGACACUUAAAGCAAUACUUUCCAAUUACACACAAACAUUUAAAUAUUAUCACUAAUUUCAAGUAUAGCACUAAUCCAUCUUCUUAUUUAAAAAAAAAAAAAAGAAGUAUUUAUUUAUUAAAAAUGUAAAAAAUGACUGUCAGCUUGACAGACUGAGGACCACAAUAAGAAAAAUUCCAAAGAAAACAUAUUUUUGGUGAUUGCUUUGGUCGUUCACUCAUUUGGACUGUAAAUAUCCUCACCAUCAUCUAAUUUAUGUUAGACAACGUAAAGACUGAACUCACUUUGUAAAUGUUAAUAAAAAAAAUGCACAUUUUGUGACCAAAAGGAGACAAUAAUUAAAUACAGAUUUAUGAUUUUUUUUUUCAGGCCAAAGGUAGAAAGCUUCUCAUCGUCCUACGUAAAUAUGAGACUGAUAUAACGAACAAAAAAGAUUAAAUUGUCUUUUAUUGAGUUUUAAAUGGAAAAUCAAGCUGAUGAGUGUCACAUAAGUUUAAUUUUUUUUUCAGCUAUGGUGGGUUUUUAGUGGCUGUCAAAAACUAAAAGGUCAAUCAGCUCCUAAUUAAAACCACUGUAAUGACAACAGUGUUGCUCUCUCCUGUGAAUUGAACGGCCCAGCUUGGGUUAAACUGGGAGUUGAUUAGUUUUGAUGACUGCUGUCAAGUUUAGACUACUGUGAUUAGGGGACUUUCAUUCCAAAAUACUGUAAUAUAUAUAUUAAAGCUCAAGCUGAAGGUCAAAAUAAAGGCCUAAAUAUCUCAGAAAUAGUAUUAGCGGCCGUGCUCUCUGCAUCAGCGGCUCCCAAAUCGAAUGUAAGUCACUUUUUUGACCUUUAAAAUGUGAAUGACAAACCUGUGGGAAAGAUUGACGAUCUGAAUCAUUAGAUGCUACUACAUGAGCGCGACAAUGCUGAACUGCUGAAUGGUGAAGUGCCAGUGGUAAAAAAAGAAACAGAGUGGACAUUAGCAAUAAACUUCAAGAAAUCCAGCUGGGAUUUCCUUGUGGAAACACUGUAGAUUCCCAUUUAGGUCCUCCUUUGAGACGCUCCGCCGGUCAGUGUAAAAAAGUGUCAUUUUCGAAUAAGCGCACCUAUAAUUAAACCUUCUGCUGCUUAUUAUAAUACUAACAAACGCGCCUAACCACUCUGGUGUAUGUACUUUAUCUCAGCAGGAAGUGUAGGUGAAGCGAUGACGAUGGAAAAACGACUGAAAUUUUUAAUAGUGAUUGAUCGACUGACUGAUUGCACUUUCCUGGUGCUGAACUCCGCCCAUCACGCACACUAAGUGAGUCCAAACAAACACUCCAGAGGGGGCAGAAGAUGAGAAAUAAUCCAACAUUUCCAGCAAAGUGAUUUGUUUUCUUGCUGAGAGUCAGAUGAGAUUACAGAGAUUCCAUUCUGUAAAUUUGGACCCUUUUCCCUUGUGUAGAAAUGGCUUGCGUGGGGAUCCGAACAUUACAGAUCAUCCAUCAUUACAAGCUUAAUUUUAGAUAUUUACAAGAAUGUCAGAACUUUAUCUGAUUUUUCUAAGCAUUUAGCUUAAUUGAACUACAUUUUCACUAACUAACAUACAAUAGUAGACAGUGCUAAGGAACAUCCAAGUAAAAUCCUAGAAUUUGACUCCGUAAAACGAAAACUUCUUGAACAGCUAAUCACAGCAACACAAUGCUUAUCAUGUGUCAGAUAACUGCAUUAAAAUGCUCCAAAAGGGACUGAGCACAAACUGCCACUACAUGCUGAUGAUGUGAUUCUAUUUAUUAUCCAAAUAUAUUAAUCACCUCAAGCCAGAGGUCCAGUUUAGGAACUCCAAUAGGCUGAGGUGAAGUCUACCAGACAGCUAAAACCUAUAGCUGCCUGUGACACACCAUCUGGCCAUCAAGCAGAUAGGCCACGCCUUAAUACAUGUGAAACAGGUGGUCCCAGUGUAGCAUGGUCUCUACUUUAAACUAGUGGAAUUUCUCAGUGAAAUCAAGCUUUGUCUGUCAGUCUGGUUUUUAUGAAAUUACAAUACCUACAAAACUUUGCAGCUCUUGCUCUGACCAAAACUGUUUUUGUAGCAGCUGUGAAGAUGUUUACUUCAGCUAUAAAUUUGGACAUUUUACCACAGUAGUCUAUGGGGACACUGCCUCUAGCACACAUUAGAGGAUUUUCAGUUUCAGCAUUAGUUUUACUUCCAACCUCUGGGGCUGAAAAGUGAAGCCAAUAUGGAAUCUGUGUUUACAUCUUCAGAGGUAGUGUGUUGUCGGAUGCAUGUAGAAAUAGAAAUGCUUUCUGUUGCUAUACCCACCCUCUCGAGGGUCCCAGUUUUUAUUUCUGCACAUUCCUGCAUAUACGUCUGACUCUCAGUAAAAAGCAAACAUUUCCCAGAAUGUCUUUAAAAGUGAAGGAUGUUUCCAGGCCUUACUGAAUCUCUUCCGACACAUUACUUGGACUGUUAAAUGUACUGUACCAGUGGCCGUUGUCACUCUUCUCAGCUUUGAGAAUCUGAUCAGCGUUUCCCUCUGAACUGAAUGUCGAAGUCCUCCAUAGCGUGUCCAGUCCAGUGGUGCUGAUCCGGUGUUAAACUUGCUGCAGUUUAGGCUACAGUUUUGGCAACUAAAACUCAGUUCCCUUUAUUUCAAUCUACAGUGUAACUUGAAACUGCGUCUGCAUGAGUGUGUCACAGGAAUCGUUAAAUGUAGUCAACUUGAAAUUAAGAUUUGAGAACAUUAUUUUGAUUUCCUGAUUGAGUGCCUUUGAGGAAAGAUUUCUUGCAAUACACCUGGUUGUUCUGUCCAAUACUAACCUGUACUAACACUAUGAUUCACUGCUUCUGAAGGCGAGAAGAAAACCUUUUUAAUGAUGCUGUAAAUACGCUUCAAGCUUCUUCUUUUUUCCAUUCGAACGACUUACAGUGCAUGGCUCCAGUUUGUUUUUUUAGUUGGUUAGUUUCCUUUCAUGCUACACAGUAUUUAUAUUCUGUUUUAUUUCCCUGUGUAUGACUGUAUAUAUUUACAUGUUUGGUUCUCUUUCACCUGUGAUAGAUUUCGCAGAACUUGAAAUAAACUAUCAGACUUC